AUGACAAAAAAACGUCGUAAUAAUGGACGAAGCAAACAUGGACGUGGCCGUGUUCGUUCAGUUAACUGUACCAACUGCCGUCGUUUAGUACCAAAAGACAAGGCUAUUAAAAAAUUAAUUAUCCGAAAUAUUGUCGAACAAGCAGCUGUUAAGGAUCUAAGUGAAGCGAGCGUUUACACUAAAUAUAUUUUACCGAAACUCUAUUACAAAUUACAUUAUUGUGUAUCAUGCGCUAUUCACAGUAAAGUUGUGCGUAAUCGUUCGAGAGAAGCACGCCGUAUUCGUCAACCACUUUUACGUCCUCAACAAGCUCGUCAAGCAGGUCAAGCUGGUGGUCAAGGUAAUGCAGGUACAGCUGGCCAUCGUGCUCCCAACAAAGAAAUAGCACAACCAGCUAAUAUUCCUAUUUCUAAAACAUAA